AUGGAUCUUUAUUCUAGUUGUAUGAAAACUCUCAAAGCAAGUGUAAGCCUAGGAAUCUCAAUAUAAUCAUGAAUAGAUAAAUAAAUACAAUAAUAAUGUACUGUAUGCUGUUGAACUGAUACUAAAAAAGCUGUCACACAAAUGCUUCAUGAGGCAACUCGGAUGAUCUUUAUUGACAAUCUGCACAUACCAGAGUUUAUUCAUGUGCAUCCUAACAUAAAGUGAUUAUUAUACACCAUAGUUCUCUAGUUCUCAUUGUAGAAUGAGUAUAGUGAAUCUGUACACCUUCAUCCACUCUUAUGGUCACAAUUAGGCAAGUUUUUCCAUCUCCGGUUCUCAGUGAAUCAGUUUGGUAGUCAAUUACCAAGGAUUGUAAAUCUUGGGUCACUCUUAAUCCUUCUACAUACUACAUUCCUGACAUCAUCUGCAGCCUGUCCCAUGUUCACCUGGAGUUAUUGUUUCUCACUAAUCUUUCCCAUAAGGCUCUGUCUUCCACCUCCCCUCAACACAAGCUCUCUCUCUCUCUCUCUCUCUCUCUCUCUCUCUCUCUCUCUCUCUCUCUCUCUCUCUCUCUCUCUCAGAAAAGUCUCCAUAAAUAAGCAUUUGGGACAAUUUCAUAUAAAAAAACAUGUCUUUGAAGUGGCCAAGUGCAUACAUACGUAAUACUGUACAACAGUCAGAGUCACCCUGGGAGCAUAAAGUUGUUCAAAGGGUACAUGGAAAGGAACACGACGUAACCAGUGUGUAGGAGAGUGCACAGCAGGAAAAGAUUUUUAAGGAAGAAAUUAUGUGUUGUGUAACCUAUGAACAUGACAUAAUAUGUCAUGUACAUAGUGUAUAUGAGAGCACAGCAGGAAAAGAUGGUUUAGGAUGAAAAUUGUGUGGGACUCAAGAAAUUAAUUUCAAUUGAUAUUAAAGUACAUCAUUACAAAACUAUGUAUUAUGUUGGUUUAUUACACUCAGACGCAGGUCGUGCCUCAUGUGAUUGAGAUGUGGCAUUUUGUUUUAUUUUAGCAUAUAUAUAACAAUUAUUUAGAACUGAUUACCUAUUUUCUAUAUUUAAAUUAUAAACUACAUUUAUUUACAUAUUUUCAAAAUUAGAAAGUACUUUUAUUGACAUAUUUUCAGUCUUAAAACCAGAGGAAUAUGUGAAGUAUUCAUGUAAUUUUCUGUAAUUGAUCGCCCUAGGUGCGAGGGUACAUGAAUUCCAAAAAAAAAAAAAAAAAAAAAAACUCCCGGAAGGGUGUAUGAACUUGGGAAAAGUUGGAAAAUACUGCUGUACAAUACCAUUUUCCGUACCGAUAUCCGUUAAAUGACGGAACAUUAAUAAGAAAUGCUAUCCAGACAUGCCAAGGAUAAGAUUACUAUAGGAGGGAUUACUGUAAUAUUUCACAACCAGUGAAAAGAGGGAGGAGUCGCAGCGCAGCUAAACUUAUAGCUACAAACAAUAGAUGAAAAGAAACCCAAUGUUCAUAGAAUACACAAAGCAAGGGCGUGGCGUGUCACCUGCGACUGCCCUUUAAAAGUGUCCAGGCCUAGUGGUUUUGUCAGUUAGCUUUCGUACCGCUUGGGCUCAGCUCUGUCGGGCACCGGCACCUGAAGAAGGCCAGCAACUGACUCUGUUGUUUGCUGCGUCCUCCCAGCGGCUACCCUUCCUCAUUCCUAUUCUGCAUUACGCACGGCUCUAAGUCACCUGGAUUUACAAAGUUUAAGAGCUUCAAACACUUCUGUUCAGGUUGCUAAACAAUGGAAGACGCCCAGCUGUACGUGUCUGCUAAUGCCAUGCAGAGGCGCGACGCCCUCCUGGUGCUGAGCGAGUAUCUGCCGCAGAUGGCCUGGAGCGAGGAAGGGGAAAAUGUGCUGGACAUUGGCUGUGGCUCAGGAGACGUGACGCGGAACCUGCUAAUGCCUCUGCUGCCUCGCGUCGAGCAGGUGGUCGGCGUAGACGUUUCCAGAGACAUGGUGAACUUCGCCUCCAAGACUUUCGAGCACAACUCCCUGUCUUUCCGCCAGCUGGACAUUGAGCGAGCCGUCCAGCCCCGUCAGGUGUUCCCCGAUGGCUUCAGUAAGGUAUUCUCCAUGUACUGCCUGCACUGGGUGAAGGACCAGGAACGCUGCCUCACCAACAUCUACCAGUUGCUGCAGCCUGGAGGCGAGGCUCUGCUGGUAUUCUUGGCCCGCAACCCGCUCUUCACCAUGUAUGAGAACAUGAGCAUGAAGGAGUGUUGGCAGCCCUACAUGCAGGACGUGAGCAACUUCGUGCCAGUCUACCAGCACAAGACUGACCCUGCCAAGGCUAUGGCUGACUUGGCCGAGGACGUGGGUUUCGAGGUGGUGUCCUGCGAGGCGCCGGAACUUGAGUUUGUCUUCGAAAAUAUCAACUACUUGAAGAACGCCAUCAAGGCCGUGAAUCCGUUCCUGAAGCGGGUGCCUCGCGACCAGCAGGACGCCUUCCUGAUGGACUGCCUCAACGAGCUGGCCCGCCUCAAGACCAAGAGGAAUGACGGCAAGAUGGUGGCGCGCUACUCCCUUAUGGUGGUUCACCUGCAGCGUGGCGAGUGAUGGGCGGCGGCGGCGGUAGUGAUGGAGGUGGGGAGUGGUUGCGUGCAGCUCUCUUUCUCUCUCUCCUGUAAUUCUCUGAUUGCUGUGGUUUCUUCUCUGCUGACUGAAAUUGUCUUUUACAAAUUUAUAUCACAGUUUUGAAAGUUAAUAUUCAUUGUACUGGUGGUAAUUUAAUAUGAAAUGGAGCUUUAUUUUUGUGAGUGUGUUAUAUUUUGCUUACUGACAAAAUUGACGAGGGUCACGCCAAUACAACAGUGUCACUAGCCAACAGAGGAUUAAAUAAAACAUGCCCCUCUCUCACUCCAAUCUCGUGAUGUGAAGGGCAUUCCUGAGCAAAUUCAAGCACCACUUCAUAACUUCCUUGCCCUUCCAGUAAGCGUUGUGUACGAUCCGACGGUAAAAACCACAGACGGUCAAAAUCAGACAGUAUUUUCAAGUUUUGGCGUCUUAUCUCGGCAAUAUACAAGUUCAACGUUUUUCUAAUGGUGUUUUCGUUGUACGAGUAUUUGCGAUGGCUUAACAAGGAUUCUGCAUCAAUGAGGAAAACACCCGCGAGAACCCAGCAAAUCAUCUUUGUGGCCUUUGAAAACAGUCCUUAUGAGAAAAAAGCGUUUCAAAAUACGGGCCAUGGUUUAAAGAGACUAUUUUGGCUUACAUUAAUCUCGACUCACUCAACAAACAUUCAAAGGUUCCAUACAUAUUUGGAUCUACCUAGUCUUAUUCUCUAAUCGUGCACAGACAAGCUAUUCCAAUUUUGGGCUUAACUGUUGCUUAAGAAUGUACUUUACUCUUCUCCAGUCUUUAAAUAAAUCGAAGUUCCUUUAACUAUUGCUGACUCAGUGUUUGGAGGUUAAUGGCCUUAUAUGUAUACAGUUCAUGAAUGCCUUUUCGCUGUUACGAGAUGGAAAGAACGGAAAAUACAGGAAAUUUGUUUACUGUUGCUGACUCACUAUUUUCGUCUAUCAGUAGAACAGGACAGGAAGUUAGUUCAGUAAUGCCCUUCACUAUUAGGAGAUCGAAGGAGAGAAGAUGCAGGAAGACAUACCCAGUACAGGAUGCGCGGGGUGUGUGUUGGAGACAGGAAGUUGCACGUGAUUUCUUCCUAUUGGUGGUGGUGGUGGUGGUGGUGGUGGUGUGUGUGUGUGUGUGUGAGUGUGUGAUAUUAUAUGGUGGUCACUUAAACCUUAACUAAAUUAACUGACUGAACUGUGUGUGUGUGUGUGUGUGUGUGUAAAAUGAAUGAGUGCGUGUGUGUUACUCUCUCUCUCUCUCUCUCUCUCUCUCUCUCUCUCUCUCUCUCUCUCUCUCUCUCUCUCUCUCUCUCUCUCUUGUUUUGGUGGCAACACGAUGGUGCCGCCUAAUCGUGCGCCUCGCAGCCACCACUCUGACAUAACAGUGCCAUAAACAGUACACAAACAGAUAAUGAUCAGAGGAACCUUUUGUAGCAACACGAGAACACACGGUUAUGCCUUCUCUUGUUAAUCUUCAUGGUCAAAAGUUUAUUGUUCUCUAGGACUUGUUUCAGCGAGUGAUUAUGUGGAAAUGAGGAGGUGGAACUUAAGAAAAAGAGGACAGAGCUCAAAAAAAGUAUCGUUAUUCAUCCCCAUGCAGCUACAAAAGACGCCUUAAGUGUAAUAUUGUUGCUAGUUAUCCCCACUCAAUGUUCCUAAUGAUAAAUUGUCGUACUUUAGUUAAAAUUUACGUACAGCAUUUUUUUUCCGCUGCGUUAUGCGUUUUUCCUUCAUUCUUAAUUCCUCUUUCGUACAUUCGCGAACGGAAAUCGAAGAUCUUUCAAACUUUCAAUAUUCUUUUCCAUUGUGGCGUGCGCUUAUCUUUCAUUCUUAAUCCCUCUUGUACUGUGAAAAUCUACGUAGUACUCACAUUCGCUGACAGAAAUUUCGCAAGCUUCACCAUUCUUUCCCGCUGUGUGAGGCGCUUUACUUCUAAUCUUAAUUCCUAUUGUAUUGAGAAAAUCCAUCAGUUACAAGCUUUUUUAAGGAGUUUCUCAGCAAUUUAGAGGACUUUUGAGACACUUCUUUUGGAUAAUAAUUUUGGCUCUGCUCUUUGGGAACUGACAUCUUCAGUGGGCUUUUUUUUCUUUGUCUUUUUCGUAGCCAUUGACCAGAGUCUCUUACAUAGAGAAAAAUGAGGUUGAGAAGAAAUGAUAAGCAAUGGGAAUGAGUGUAAAAAUUUGCCAAAGCCAGUAUCCAUAUUAUAUGAAGAAAAAAAUGAUAAAUACAAUGGAAAGAAGUGUAGGCGCUUAAUGAAAUUAUGGCCAUGACUGUACUUCAUCCUCCUUACUUCUUUUUACUUCAGGUUAUGGUGAUUUAGUUCUUAUGCCUAUUUAAACUUGGGCCCACGUCACGUCCUCUCCCUGUGGUGUUGGUGGUACGUCUUACAUUUCUACCUAGAGUCCUUGCUUCUGUAUGACUCAGCAAGGCCCACAUUCUUAAACGUUUUGUUCUCUCAUUAGUUCUCUCAUGAGUUAUAGGGAUGACUAAUUGAGUUAUCCUAGGUGCUUUUUUUUUUUUUUUAAUUGUACAGAGUCUUUCUUAUUGUGUCAUUUGAAUUUGAAAAAAAAAGGACACUUGAAAAUCCCACCUACUCUUAGUUAAAAGUGGUCGUGGUAAGGCGCGGAAACGCUUAAGAAUACGGAGCUUUAGACCAUAUUCUGAAACUCUUUUAUCCCUCACCUCGACCACUUUCAACAGGUUCUAGUUGUAGUGAAGUGAUACGAGUUUUUAAUGGUGCUUUUACAGGAAAAACACUCUUAAGAACCCGAUUGAUCAUCUUUAUGGCCUUUGAAAAUAGUUGUGGUGAGAGAGCAAAGCCUUUCUGAAUACGGGCCUACGUGACUGUUUCCUGGCAUUCCUAACAUGUUGUCUGUAGCAAGUGCGUCCCUUGAGAGAGUCCAGCAGUGAUAAAGAUCUUUCGUACUGCUGCUGAUGUUACGCGAUACGAGAGAAGUGGAGUGUAGUUAUUAUUAUUGUUAUUAUUAUUAUUAUUAUUAUUAUUAUUAUUAUUAUUAUUAUUAUCUAUUUAUUUAUUUAUUUAUUUAUUUUAUAUUACGUGUAUGUGAGGAAGAUGACUAACGACUCUGGAAAGCUAUAUGUAAAACAAAAAAAAAAUAAAAAAAUAACUGCCGCUCCACAGAAGUUAAGUUUAAAAAAGCGGUCCCCAUCAGAUAGAUGUCUUGGCACUCCUCUCUUGAAACAGUCCAAGUCGCGGAAAGGAGGAGAAAACGUGAUCAGACUGGCAGACAGAAUUUCAGUGUAGUGGCUUCUCUCUCUCUCUCUCUCUCUCUCUCUCUCUCUCUCUCUCUCUCUCUCUCUCUCUCUCUCUCUCUCUCUCUCUCUCUCUCCACUGCAAUGCUGCGUUAGUGUGUUGGUGUUAGAUUGAUGCCUUGUCCUGAAGUCUCCCCCUGCCUUCUGAUAUAGUAUUCCUCUUCUGUAGCUGUAAAGAUAUUCAGAAGCAAAUUAAAACUUAUCUAGGAUAUAAUUGGCAAAGACAGAUUUUUAAAUAGUUGAUGAAAUUCGAUGUGAUUUAUGCAUUCUUUUUUUUUCGCACCCAUUAGUUGUUUACCGAUAAAAAUAGGUGUAUACAUCAUUACCUAAUACAAAAUGCAUCAUGUACGAGAUCUUUUGAAUAGUUAUGAAAUUGUAUUAAAUAAUUCUGUAGUUUCAUGCUGUUUUAUUACCGUUCGUUGUCUGUAUGUGUUCCAGCCUUUUUCCAGGUAUGUAUGUGUUCCAGCCUUUUUCCAGGUCUGUAUGUGUUCCAGCCUUUUUCCAGGUCUUCUCCUCAGCAGCACUCCUUCUUUUUUAACAAUAGUCUGCUCCGUUGUAUGUGGGCAAAAGUAGAUUCACGAAUAGCAAUGUAGAUGAACGGAAGAAACUUAGCAGGAAAGUGGACCGUGCAUAAACAUUGGAUACUUUCGAGAGGAGGUCUGGUAAAUUUAAUGAUAAUGGCAGAUGUUGAGUUUUUAAAUGCCCAGGAGUUGUGUUAAGUCAAUUGGUCUUUUGUAAUCCCAUUAUUUCAGUACGUGUUUAUGUUCUUGUGUGACUUAUCCUCUUCAAAGGAGCACAACCUUCCAUUCCAGUGAUCAGACGAGCUAAGAUGGACCAGUGCAUCUUGGCAGGUUCACUGAAAGCAGUUAGGUUAAACUUGAGGUCCUUCAAGAGGGAGAUUUCAAGACACUUCUCAUAAUUUUGGAUUUUUCUUUCGAUUCCUCUUUAUGGAUUGUCACCUUCAGUGUUUUUUUUAUUAUUAUUAUUUUUUUUUUUUCGUCUGUUUUGUUACCCUUGGCCAGAGCCCCUCUUACAUAAACAAGAUGAUGAUAAUGAUGAUGAUGAUGAAGAAGAAGAAGAAGAAAAGGUGUUCUCCGUCACGGUGCCCCAUGUUAGGCACUGUGGGAUUGGUCUUCAUUGUGACCUCCCUUCUUGCAGUGACCGCCACACUCGACACGGAGGGAAGCAGGUUGAGAAAGGUUGAGAGUCUGAUGAUUAUGAUGAUGAUGAUGAUGAUACACUUUGUCCAGGGCAGCCAGAGAGAUUCCAGGUGUAGUCAGUGUGGCGGCGAGGCCCCAGAGGGCGGGGUGCAUGAGCUGCGGAGGCGGCCAACACUCGGCAGUCUGCAGUGUACCAAGCAUGACUAGACUGAGAUGGAGACUUUGUUUCACGGCCCUGAGUUUGAUGCUUUCAGUCAUCUUGCUGUACGGGAAGUAUACGUCUUCACCAGAAGAUCAACAGAGGGAGUUAAGGAAAAGCGUGGAAAUAACACGAAUGACAGAAAUACCUGUCGUUUCUCAAGAUGCGAACAAGACUCACGUUAAUAGUCCAGCAGCGCCGCUCAAGACGCUUCAUUCCAGCAACGUUUCAUUUUGCAGGGAUCCUGGCAGCCUACCGCCACACCUGGCAGCUCGACGACUGAGGAUGAGAAAAGUGUGCGCCUUCUUGAAAACACAUUCACCCUUGCUGAGGCGCCGUCGCCUUACUACCACACUGCUGUCAAAACUCCGGUGGGACAUCAGCCACCACAUUCUGUACUGCCCAGUGCCGCAGGUCGGGCUUCCGUGGGCGAGAUACAUACUGGGCUCCGUGGGUGUGCAGAGCAGCUCAGUGACAAGCAACAAUGUGGAUGUUCUGCUGGGGCGGCGCCUUCCGUCGCCAUCCUUGGAGGUACUGGAGGUAUUUGCUCUGGGCGACGGCGUGCGGGUGAUGGUCGCACAGCACCCCUUCACCAGGCUGGCGUCCGCCUAUCUAACGCUGAUGGAAGAAGCCAACUCGACACACACUUCAAAGUCUCCGAAAGGGACCAAGGGAGGGGAGCACACUCACAGCCAGGCCAGGGUCGCAGUGCCCGCCUCUUUCAGGGAGUUCUGUCGCCACGUGACGCACACCAUAGAACAGUGGGUGGCCAGCCCACACCUGCCGCCCCCCGACCCUCGCUGGAUGCCCGUCAUCUACCUGUGUUCGCCCUGCACCGUGAACUAUACUAUCAUCAGCAACGUUGAAUGUUUCGACUCAGACGUUAAGUUCAUCACUGACUACUGUGGCUUGCGUGGCAAGGCGAGGGACGCCCUGAGUGGUAAGCAGUCCUCCCUGCAGCGGCCAGGACACACUGAAGAGAAGCGCGACCCCGCGGAGGAUGACGGGGCGCAGUGUGUGGAGGAAAGUAAACAGGAAUCACUUCUAACUGAGGUCAUGAAGGAAGGAAGAGAGUCUUACUUCUCGUCCAUAAGCAACAGGGGCAUGGGCGGCAGUGUGCGGGCGCUUUUCAAUCAGCUCUCAGAGGAGGAGGUGGAUCGGCUGUACCGCGUCUAUCAGCAUGACUUUGAUCUAUUGCAAUACCGUCCACUGUAGCAUAGAGAACACCAUAUCAGCCAGCAUACUAGCUCGGAAGCUUUGUAGGGAAUUAGCUCGUGUGUAUAAGCAAGAGUUAUUUUUUUCCAUUAUCAUGUUAGAAUUAAUACGUAAUGAUAAUUAUAGUCCAUCCACUGUA